GUGGUGCUGCUGCUUCCUCUGCUGCUGCCACUGGGGCCAACCUGGCAUGCAGCUGCCCAGCGCUGCCCACAGACCUGCGUCUGCGACAAUUCCAGGCGGCAUGUGGCCUGCCGGCACCAGAACCUCACCGAGGUGCCGAAUGCCAUCCCUGAGCUGACCCAGCGGCUGGACCUCCAGGGCAACAUGCUGAAGCUGAUCCCCCCAGCUGCCUUCCGGGACCUGCCUUACCUGACACACCUGGACCUGCGGCACUGCCAGGUGGAGCUGGUGGCCGAGGGUGCCUUCCGAGGCCUGGGCCGCCUGCUCCUCCUCAACCUGGCCUCCAACCGCCUGAACGCGCUGCCCCAGGAGGCGCUGGACGGGCUAGGCUCGCUGCGGCGGCUGGAGCUGGAGGGGAACCUGCUGGAGGAGCUGCGGCCGGGGACGUUCGGGGCGCUGGGCGCGCUGGCCACGCUGAAUCUGGCCCACAACGCCCUCGUCUACCUGCCCGCCAUGGCCUUCCAGGGGCUGGUGCGCGCCCGCUGGCUGCAGCUAUCCCACAACGCGCUCAGCGUGCUGGCCCCCGAGGCCCUGGCCGGCCUGCCCGCCCUGCGCCGCCUCAGCCUGCACCACAAUGAGCUGCAGUCCCUGCCCGGGGCGACCUUGUCCCAGGCCCGCGGCCUGGCCCGCCUUGAGCUGGGCCACAACCCCUUCACCUACACGGGCGAGGAGGACGGGCUGGUGCUGCCCGGCCUGCGGGAGUUGAGGCUGGACCACGGGGCCUUGCAGGCCCUGGACCCCAGGGCCUUUGCCCACUGCCCCCGCCUGCACACCCUGGACCUCCGUGGGAACCAGCUGGAUGCCCUGCAGCCGCUGCAGGGCCCGGGUCAGCUGCGCCGGCUGCGGCUGCAGGGGAACCCACUGCGCUGCGACUGCCGGGCUCGUCCCCUGCUCCAGUGGCUGGCGCGUGCGCGCGUGCGCUCGGACGGCGCGUGCGGGGAGCCACGGCGCCUGCGCGGCGAGGCCCUGGACGCCCUGCGGCCCUCGGACCUGCGCUGUCCCGGAGCCGGGGCGGAGGAGGAAGAGGAGGAGGUGGCGGCCGCGCGGCCCCGUGUCCCUGCCGGCACCUCCAAGGAGAAGGCUGGGGCGGCCGGGCCCUGCCCUCGCGCCUGCGUGUGCGCCCCUGAGUCCCGGCACAGCAGCUGUGAGGGCCGCGGCCUGCAGGUCGUGCCCCGUGGCUUCCCCAACGACACCCAGCUCCUGGACCUGAGGCAGAACCACUUCCCCUUGGUGCCCCGAGAGGCCUUCCCGGGCCUGGGCCGGCUGGUGUCGCUGCAUCUGCAGCACUGCGGCAUCACAGAGCUGGAAGCAGGCGCCCUGGCGGGGCUGGGCAGCCUGCUCUACCUCUACCUCUCGGACAACUCGCUCUCCAGCCUCAGCGCUGCCUCCCUCGAAGGGGCGCCCUGCCUGGGCUACCUGUACCUGGAGCGCAACCGCUUCCUGCAGGUGCCAGGGGCCGCCCUGCGCGCCCUGCCCAGCCUCUUCUCCCUGCACUUGCAGGAAAACGCUCUGGACCGCCUGGCACUGGGGGACCUGGCAGGCAUGCGGGCCUUGCGCUGGCUCUACCUGAGUGGGAACCGCAUCACCCAAGUGUCCCCCGGGGCACUGGGCCCCGCUCAGGAGCUGGAGAAGCUGCACCUGGACAGGAACCAGCUGCGAGAGGUGCCCACUGCGGCCCUGGAGGGGCUGCCUGCCCUCCUGGAGCUGCAGCUCUCGGGGAACCCGCUCAGGGCCCUGCAAGAUGGGGCCUUCUGGCCCGUGGGCCGCUCACUGCAACACCUUUUCCUGAACAGCAGUGGCCUGGAGCAGGUUUCUCCGGGGGCCUUCUUGGGCCUGGGGCCUCGGCUCCAGAGCCUACAUCUGCAAAAGAAUCAGCUGCAGGCCCUGCCCGCCCUGCCUGGUCUCAGCCAGCUUGAGCUCAUUGACCUCAGUGGCAAUCCCUUCCACUGUGACUGCCAGCUGCUCCCACUUCACAGGUGGCUCACUGGGCUGAACCUGCACGUGGGGGCCGCCUGUGCCGCCCCUCCCAGUGCCCGUGGCCAGAGCGUGAAGGCUGCAGCUGCUGUCUUUGAAGCCUGCCCGGGCUGGGCUGCCAGAAAGGCCAAGCGGACGCCGGCCCCCAGGCCUAGUGCCCAGAGGACCUCCAUGAAGGGAAGACGGCAGGGAGCGAGCAAGGUGGGGAAGGAGGGGGUCAGCCUCUGAGCACCGGAGCCGCCCCCAACCUCGACCCCGCGUGGGAGGCUCUUACUCUCAUCAGGAACGGGCUCCGACGAGAUCUUCUCUGCCGCCUGCAGGUCGUCCUCCAGCAGGGGCUUCUUGGACCCCUGUCUGAGGGGCCGGGUCCUGGUUGGUGGUAUUCUUUUUCCUUUGAAUAAACACAGAAUUAA